CGCGCGGCUGCUGUGAGUCGCGGCUGCACGAGCUGUUUACAGAGACCAGCGGACCUGAAGGAGGACAGGCAGGACGGAGAGCGUGUCCUGAGCGCGCGGACACGCAGACAGACAGAACAGUCGCAGCUGGAACAGGAAGUGAAUCCUGGAUUUAAGAAGCACUUUACCCUUAUUUAGCAGCAACAACUCCUGGAUCAAAUAUCCUCAGUCUCAGGAGCUUCCUGUGUGAGUGUCGGGGUCAGAGGUCACAGCUCCAUGUGGUCUGAUAGACGAUGAGAGAACAUGACUGUGGACAGAGCGAGUCGGCGUCUCGACAGCCGCCCCACGGUGCUCUGCCGGGGUCAGAGGUCACCCUGCAGCAGGUCCAGGGUGUGUUGGGUUUGUGUGAGGAUGGAUCAGCUGGUUACCAUGGAGAAGAGCUGGAGGAGGGCGAAGCUAAAGACACAGACCAGAACACAGCAGGUGGAGAGAAGGACAGGUUUGACCAUCCGGUGGACAGCGCAGGUCUUUUCUCCUUCAUGACGUUUCAUUGGAUGACUCCUCUGGCCAUGCAUGCCCGCAGGAAAGGACGCCUCCUAUUGGACGACAUCUGGCCCGUGUCACAGCGGGAGUGUUGUCAUGCCAACAGCCUGAGGUUGGCGUCUCUGUGGGAGGACGAGCUGAGGUCAAAGGGCAGCGAUGCGUCUUUGUGUUCGGUGGUCUGGUCUUUCUGUCGGACCCGGCUCCUGCUGUCCAUCCUCUGUCUAACCGUCACACAGCUGGCAGGAUUCAGUGGUCCGGCGUUUGUGGUGAAGCGCCUGCUGGAGUACACCCAGCAGGAGGACUCGGACCUGGGCUACGGGCUGCUGCUGGUUCUGGGUCUCCUGACCACGGAGCUGGUUCGGUCCUGGUCUCUGGCUUUGACCUGGGCCCUGAACUACAGGACCGGAUCCAGACUGAGAGGAGCCGUCCUCAGUCUGGCCUUCCACAAGAUCCUGAAGCUCCGCAGCGUCCGGGACAAGUCCAUGGGACAGCUGGUCAAUAUGUGCUCCAGUGACGGUCAGCGGAUGUUUGAUGCAGCAGCAGUAGGUAGUCUGUUAGCAGGGGGCCCCCUGGUGGCCGUGCUCGGUGUUGCCUACAACUUGUUCAUACUGGGCCCGACGUCCCUGCUGGGAUCAGCUGUCUUCAUCCUCUUCUACCCCACCAUGAUGUUCAGCUCCAGACUGACGGCGUACUUUAGGAGGAAGGGCGUGGCCAUCACGGACAGACGAGUGCAGAAGAUGAACGAGAUCCUCAACUACAUCAAGUUCAUCAAGAUGUACGCCUGGGUCAAAGCCUUCGCCCAGGACAUCCGCAGAAUCCGUGACGAGGAGCGCAGGAUCCUGGAGCUCACAGGUUACUUCCAGAGCAUCACUGUGGGCGUGGCUCCCAUAGUUGUUGUCAUCGCCAGCGUGGCAACAUUCUCUGUCCACAUGUUGCUAGGAUACGACCUGACGGCAGCUCAGGCCUUCACCGUGGUGACGGUGUUUAAUGCCAUGACUUUUGCCCUGAAGGUCACGCCGUUCUCUGUCAAGUCUCUGUCCGAAGCUUCAGUGGCCACGGAGAGAUUCAAGAGUCUCUUCCUGUUGCCGGAGGUCGACAGCGUCCACAUGUUGCCUAGCGAUCCUCAGGUUGCUGUAGAGAUGUGUGGAGCUAGUCUGGCAUGGGACGGAGUCGGACAGAGCACUCAGUCCAGCCCAUGUGUCCGAACAGCCGGCAGACACAAGUGCAGAGACAUAAGGGUUCUCCAGGAGGAAGAGGAGGAGGACGAGGUGACCGGCUCCCUGCUGAGAGAAGGAGGAGAUGUAGCCUCAAGUCCAGAGGAGGAAGACGGGGAAGAGGAGGCCUGUCCUCCCCUGCUGUCUGCCCCCCCCGUCUCCCAGUGCCUUCAGAGCACCCUGCACUGCAUCAACCUGAGUGUCCAACAGGGCACGCUGGUCGGUGUCUGCGGUAGCGUCGGCAGUGGAAAAACUUCCCUGAUUUCCGCCAUCUUAGGACAGAUGACUAUGUUGGAGGGCAGUGUGGCUGUCAGAGGAAGGCUGGCCUACGUGGCUCAGCAGGCCUGGAUCCUGAAUGCAACACUGAGAGACAACAUCCUGUUUGGACAGGAGUACCAAGAGGACAGGUAUCAGUCAGUACUGAGUGCCUGCUGUCUCAGACCAGAUCUCACCUUGCUGCCCAAUGCUGACCUUACAGAGAUCGGCGAGCGUGGUGCCAACCUGAGUGGUGGGCAGCGCCAGCGAAUCAGCUUGGCCCGCGCCCUCUACAGUGACCGGGAUGUUUACGUCCUGGAUGACCCACUCAGCAGCCUCGACGCCCACGUGGCCAACCACAUCUUCCACAACGCCAUCAAGAAGCAGCUGCGCCACAAGACUGUCAUCUUCAUCACCCACCAGCUGCAGUACCUGGUGGACUGUGAUGAUGUCAUCCUGAUGAGAGAGGGGAGUAUAGCGGAGCAGGGUAACCAUGACAACCUGAUGAAACUGAAUCGAGACUACGCCGCCAUGUUCAAUCACUUCCAGCUCGGAGACACUCCUCACAUAGAGGCUCCCAGCAGGAAGAAUGGCGGUUCUCAGAGGAAACCAGCUGACAUUAAACCAAAAUCAGUGAAGAAGGACACUCCGGUCAUCAAGGGGGAGGAGCAGCAGUGUGGGGGCGUGGCCUGGCCCGUGUUCCGGCUCUACAUGGCGGCGUGCGGUGGCUCCGCCCCCUGCCUGUUGAUCCUGGCUCUGUUCGUUCUCAAUGUGGGAAGCUCCGCCUUCUGCCAGUGGUGGCUCAGCUACUGGAUCAACCAGGGCAGCGGGAACACCACGGUAACCCAGGGCAACAGCUCAGCUGUGAGCGCCAGCAUGAAGGACAAUCCAAUGAUGCAACAGUACGUCGCGGUCUACGCCUCCUCCAUGGGAGUCAUGCUGCUCUUCAAGCUCUUCAGAGGCAUCGCAUUCGUGAAGGGAACUCUGCGCGCCUCCUCGAAGCUGCAUGACCAGCUCUUUCGCAAGAUCCUCCGCUGCCCCAUGAAGUUCUUCGACACAACGCCCACUGCACGAAUCCUAAACCGCUUCUCCAAGGACAUGGACGAAGUCGACACACGUCUGCCCUUCCAGACUGAGAUGUUAAUCCAGAACGUGAUCCUGGUCUUCUUCUGCCUGAGUGUUGUCAGCUGUGUUUUCCCAUGGUUCCUGGUAGCGGUGGGUCCCCUGGUGUUGUUGUUCGCAGCGCUCCACAGCAUCUCCAGGGUCUUCAUCCGGGAGCUGAAGCGCCUAGACAACGUGACUAUGACGCCCCUCAUGUCCCACAUCACCUCCAGCAUCCAGGGCCUGGCCACACUGCAGGCAUAUGGCAGGGGCGACGACUUCCUCAACAGGUACCAGAUUCUGCUGGACCAGAACCAGGCUCCCUUCUACUUGUUCAGCUGUGCAAUGCGCUGGCUGGCGGUGCGUCUGGACGUCAUCAGUGUUGGUCUGAUCAGCAUUACCGCCCUGAUGAUGGUCCUGAUGCAUGGGCAGAUCCCUCCCGCCUACGCCGGCCUCGCCAUCUCCUACGCUGUCCAGUUAACAGGACUGUUCCAGUUCACAGUGCGUUUGGCCUCUGAGACUGAAGCUCGCUUCACCUCCGUCGAGAGAAUCCACCACUACAUCCAGUCCCUGUCCCAGGAAGCCCCGGCCCGGGUUGAAGGUCGCGCCCCUCCGGCUGACUGGCCCCAGCAGGGGGAGCUGGUGCUCAGGGAGGUGGACAUGAGGUACCAGGAGAACCUCCCAUUGGUUCUCAACAGGAUCACCUGCACCAUCCGGCCCAAAGAGAAGGUCGGCAUUGUCGGCAGGACCGGAUCAGGGAAGUCGUCUCUGGGCGUGGUUCUGUUCAGGCUGGUGGAGCACUGUGGAGGCUCCAUCCUGAUCGACGGCAUCGACAUCAGUGACAUCGGACUGGCCGACCUCCGCAGCAAGCUGUCCAUCAUCCCCCAGGACCCCGUGCUGUUCAGUGGGACCGUCAGGUUCAACUUGGACCCGUUUCACCAGUACAGCGAGGAGCAGAUCUGGGACGCUCUGGAGAGAAGUCACAUGAAGGAGUGUGUGUCCCAGCUGCCCCUGAAGUUGGAGUCGGAGGUGGUGGAGAACGGAGAGAACUUCUCCGUGGGAGAGAGACAGCUGCUGUGUGUCGCCAGAGCUCUGCUGAGACAAUGCAAGGUCCUGAUCCUUGACGAGGCCACAGCAGCCAUGGAUGCGGAGACGGACGCUCUGAUCCAGGAGACCAUCAGGAGCUCGUUCCAGGACUGCACCACCCUGACCAUCGCCCACCGCUUGCACACCGUCCUCGCCUCAGACCGCAUCAUGGUGCUCAACCAGGGACAGGUGGCGGAGUUUGACGAGCCGUCCAAGCUGCUGGCCAAUGAGAACUCUCGGCUGUGCUCCAUGCUGGCCGCCGUGGAAAACAAGAUCUCCGUCCGAGGAUGAGGAGGAGGAUGAAGGGCGCGCUGGAUUACAGGAAGUCUAGUUUCUGUAGAUGUUUAUUUAACGGGACAACAAAGAUCACAUUCGAGGUUGGACUGAUGUGAUGGUCCUGGUCCUGGUCCUGGUCCUCUUCUGUACUCUAUGUUAUAGCUAAAGCAGGACGCAGAGUGACGCUGACAGCAGAGCGGCUCUGGGUGUAGAAUACUGAUCUGUAUAAAACUAAAAUAUUCAGGCUGAAA